CUGUCAGCCCAUGCCGUCUUGUGGGUUGGCCACCUCUUGGCGGUCUAGUCCAUUUGGUCAGUAGAAGGGGAUCCGAGAGGAGGAACAGGGCGGUGUAGGCGGCGCGGCGGUGGCGGAUCGGUGGUAGUCCUAGCAUGCCGACUGAUUUCCCCGUCUCUCCAGUGAGCAGACUGCCAAUCUUCUCAGAUGAGGCAUCUAGUGCGGCGAAGGUGCUAGGUAUGAUUGGCACAGGGAGGAGUGGGGGAGGGGAGGGUUUCAGCUAAUGGAUCGCGCGGAGGCAUCGUCUGUGGAUUGGGCAUCAGUUCACGGGUGAACUGUUCUAAUCUGUUCGGAGAGGAAGCAAGUGUUGAUGCUAGGUGCGGUGGGUUGUCCGCGUUCAGCGAGAGCGAGGGCGACAACACUAAAAAAAUUGAGAAUGGAGGCCACCAAUCUCGUGCUGAUGGUCACCAGGAAGCUAUUAUUUGCGAUAGAGCAGAAAGUGCAGAUGUAGGUUCUGCUCAAUCUACAGGAAAGGCUGAUCCUCAGGCCCCAGGGUGCACGAAGAGGGUAAGAGUUGGUAAACAGCUUCUAGACAAAGCUCCGUGCGCUGAAAGAGUAGGAGCGCUGGAGAAGACCAUCAGGGGCUAUGCCAAAACACUUGGGGAUUGUGUGGUUGAGCCAUCAGUUGGUCUAACGUUCGACUCCUUGGGCGAGGCGUACGAUUUUUUCAAUUUGUAUUCCUGGGAGCUGGGUUUCGGCAUAAGGUACGGCAAGAGCAGGCUUAAUUCAGAGAAGACAAAAUGCAUGCAGGAGGUUGUCUGCGGGUGCUCGCAUAACAGCCGUUCAUGUCGUUGCUAGUUCCCAGCAAUGAUAAGGCUGCUCUGGACAUCUGACAAUGGCUGGUACAUCACAGAGCACAGGGCAAAUCAUAACCAUGCUUUAACGCAAACAUGUGGUGAGAAGGUAAAUUGGCCAUCCCAUAAACAUAUAGAUGCAUACACAAGGGAUUUGGUUAAGAAGCUUAGGCAGAACAACGUAAAUGUCACAAAGGUGUACAGUAUAAUUUCAAGCAUCUUCGGUGAUGCAAACAAAAUGCCUUUUACUAAAAGAUCACUGCGAAAUUUGUGUGGUAAGAUAAAUAGGGAGCAGGCAGAGGAUGAUGUUAGGAAAACAAUUGAUGUGUUUGCUGACAUAGCUGCGAAAGACCGGGAGUUUGUUUUCAGAGUGCAGCCAGAUAAAGGAUGUAGGAUUAAGAAUUUGAUGUGGGCAACUGGUAGCAGCCGGAACCAAUAUAUUUAUUUUGGUGAUGUUGUUACAUUUGACACAACAUAUAGAACAAAUCUGUACGAUAUGCCAUUCGGGCUGUUCGUUGGGGUGAACAACCAUUUCCAGAGCAUUGUGCUGGCGGGUGUGCUUCUCCGUGAUGAAUAAGCUGAGAGCUUCGAGUGGGUUUUUUCAGAGUUUGUUAGAAUGAUGGGAGGGAAGGCUCCCUUGACAAUUUUGACACGUACAUCUUUAUAAUUUUUGACAUGCUGUUUUCGGUCCUACCCAUCCAUGUAAUUGUGGAAUUUAGGUACUAAAACAGUUUUUUUUGUUUUACCGGGCAUGGUGUGAGCAGAUCAAUGUCGAGCAAUGGAGAUUGUGAUCAGGAAUGUGCUACCGACAACCACGCAUCGCUGGUGCAAGUGGCAUGUGCUGAAGAAGUGCAAGGAGACACUGGGUCCAAUGUACACGAAACAGAGUGACUUCCGAGCAGAGUUUCACAAGGUUGUCAUCCACAUGUUGACAAUUAACGAGUUCGAGGACGCUUGGAAAAUGCUAAUAGAGAAAUACAGUUUACAGAGUCACACAUAUAUGACCCAAGUCUAUGAGAUAAGGGAGAAAUGGGCUAAGCCUUAUUUUCAGGGGGUAUUUUGUGCGAAAAUGACUAGCACGGAGAGGAGUGAAAGUGCCAACAGUAUGCUGAAAACAUAUGUGCUGCCAGGGUGUCCAAUGCACAUGUUUGUGAAACACUAUAUGCGUCUCCAGUCCGCGAGGGACGCAGAGGAGAGUUAUGAGGAAAAGCGUAAUAAAGUGGCCGGAGUUGUGUUCAAGUGCAAUAUGUCAACAGAGAGACAUGGCAGCAAGGUGUACACAUGUGCAAUGAUCGAGCAGCUAGGUGAGCUGCUCUACCAAGCUAACGCAUAUCGAAUUGAAGAGUUGGAUAAGGGUAGAUUGUACAGAGCCACACACACGCAGGCUGAGAUGCGCGAGAAGUGGGCAAGGGGAGUUUACGAAGUGAAGAUGCUGGAUGAUGGUCGUUUAUUUGAGUGUGAAUGUGGUCUGUUUGAACACAUGGGCAUGCCGUGCUGCCACAUGCUAAAGGUUAUGGAUGUUCUUGGUUACACUGAGAUCCCGGAGAAGUUGAUAUUGAAGAGGUGGACAAGGGAUGCAAGGGAUGUUCUUCUGUCUCAUUUGCAAGUCUACCAAAGAGGCCAUGCAAGCAGUAGGAUAAUGACACACCGGCACACAAGUCUAUACAUGCACGCAAUGGAGUUGGUCCGUCUGGGCGAUGCAUCCGUAGAAGCCUAUGAGAAAGGGAUGAGAAUCAUUAGGGAUGGUAUUACUGCUCUUACUGGCUAUGAAUCCCAGAGGGACGGGCUAGCUUUGGAGGACAGGCCUGAAGCUCACCGUGGUGCCGGAGAAAAAUGCGAUGAUGGUGGACUUGUUGCACCCGUAGAAAGGCAGCAGAUGGAUGUUGAUACUUUCGCUGGCCUAGAUGCUCCGGAGAAGAGAAAGAAGCAAGGGCGCCCAACAAGCAGCCGCGAGAAGGCUCCGUAUGAACAGUUGAGUAAGAGGACAAGGUUCUGCCGCAUAUGUAGAGGGAGUGGGCACAAGAAAACGACAUGCCCGGAGCGCGGUGAUCACCCGAAGAAUCCCAGGAAGCAGGCAAAAUGCAGCAACUGUGGUGUAGAAGGACACAAGCAUAACACCUGCACGAAUGCAUUUGCUGUUAAGUUGCAUGCGGGUGGUGUUUAAUUGCGAUGCCCUCUGACAGUUUUUUCCAUAGGUUAUUUUAGAACGUUUUAUGUUUGUAGAGUGAAUUGAUGUGUGACUAGAUGAGCUUAACUCCCACCGUAUUGUUGUUGACCGUUAUGUAUUCCGAAGCAAACAGUUGCAAAGGAGGCAUGGAAGAUUUGGAACUGCGUGAGCGAAUGGAAGGGCUCUGUGAGAUACGUACACUGCUUGGCCAUUAUGUGUUUUUUUCUUUUUCCGUUUACUCUGUGGCUGCGACUUAAGGGUUUGAAUUUUGAAUUUUGAACUACUGGACAGAGCUGUUGCGCUAGGUUGGUUCAGAUAGGUGGGGCACUAAACAGGGGAGGCUCUCUGCCUUUAAAUAUGGUCCAGCCGCAUAGCGUGCUCCCGAGUACAGUUCACACGCCAAAUACUCAAAAAAGCUCGAGGUACCAAGCUAGACAUCCGGGGGAGACAGAAGAUAAUGGUGCUGUCCAUCAGUUGGCCGAGCUCCGGCAUCCUCACCGAGGGGUUUGUCUGGAGCCUCGACAGUGACCUGUUUGCACAGUGGCUGGGCUUGUCUAACAGCGGCGUGUAGUGCAUCGCGGGAGGCGGCAGCUCGGUUGAUGGUCAAGAUGGUCAGAGCAUGGGCGAGGUGAACCAGGGGGCGGAUCAGGCGGCUGAUGAUCUCGUGGAGGUUGAAGCUGCCCCUGCAGAUGUUCUUCCAGAUAACCAGGACGGAGCAGCCGUGGUGGAGAACCAGGCGGUAGAUUUCGGGCUGGAGGUGGUGGCGGAGCAUGACCUGGACGCGAAGGGAGAGGAUGGAUUGGUGGAGUCGGCAGAGCUUGAGGAGUUCGAUGAGUCAGUGAUGUUUUGGAGUGGUGAGGAGGAGUCUGAGGAUGAAGAUGAGGUGUGCUCCUCCGCGCAGAAGCGUCCUCAUCUGAACUAGUUUCAAGAAAGACGACAUAAUCUGAUAAUUGAUCGGUCGAAAGUAGUUUAGAGUAGUAGAAGUUAGCACGUGUUUAGCACUUGCUAGUUGUUGACUUACUGUCAACUGUUUGGGAGUCGUCCGGUAUUUUGGAUGUGGCAACACAUGGUUGUAAUAUCUUAUCGAUCGGUCCCAUGUUUGGAAAAGUCGCUCA